AAUACCAAAAACCCAAACGCCAACCCCAGUGACCAGUUCUCCCCCAAAAACUCUCCCAACGCCGGAGCGACCGAGUUCGCGGCGGCUGAGUUAACUCGUUACUCACUCACCCACCGAUUUUCCUACACUCGUUUAUCAGAAAGAGACCCACACACAGAAUUCCGAAUCGUUAAAGAAGAGGAAGAAGAUGGGUUCGGAGCUGACCUUCAGAGGGCACGAGAGCCAACCCGUGCCAGACGCGUACUCGCCCAAGCAACCGAAGCCGUGGCUCUCAGUGACCCGCCCGAUUCGCUACCUGCUCCGAGAGCAACGCCUCGUCUUCGUUCUCGUCGGCAUUGCCAUAGCCACCCUCGUCUUCACCCUCCUCCCCCACUCUCCCCCAACCCAUUUCUCCUACGGGCACGGAUCAUACAACCCGAUCCACGCCACGGACUUCAUAUCUGACCCGAACCGGGAGACCCAGCACCACAGGCCUGCCCUGUACGAGCACCGGUCGGCGUUCGCGAUGUACAACUCGGGCGGCAAGGUCCCACUGGGCCUGAAACGCAAGGGGCUCCGGAUCGUGGUCACGGGUGGGGCAGGGUUCGUGGGGUCACAUCUCGUGGACCGUCUGAUUGAGCGAGGCGACAGCGUGAUCGUCGUGGAUAACUUCUUCACGGGGAGGAAAGAGAACGUGAUGCACCACUUCAGGAACCCCAGGUUCGAGCUCAUCCGGCACGACGUCGUCGAGCCCCUCCUGCUCGAGGUCGACCAGAUCUACCACCUCGCUUGCCCCGCCUCUCCUGUGCACUACAAGUUCAACCCCGUCAAGACCAUCAAGACUAACGUGGUGGGAACCCUGAACAUGCUCGGGCUGGCCAAACGGGUGGGUGCGCGGUUUUUGCUAACGAGCACCAGUGAGGUGUACGGAGAUCCGCUGCAACAUCCUCAGGUCGAAACCUACUGGGGAAACGUCAAUCCCAUCGGUGUUAGAAGCUGUUACGACGAGGGAAAGCGUACGGCUGAAACGUUGACUAUGGACUAUCAUAGAGGCGCAGGGGUCGAGGUUAGGAUUGCCAGAAUUUUCAACACCUACGGGCCUAGAAUGUGCAUUGAUGAUGGUCGCGUGGUUAGCAAUUUUGUUGCCCAGGCAUUAAGGAAGGAGCCAUUGACUGUGUAUGGAGAUGGGAAGCAGACCAGGAGUUUCCAAUAUGUGUCUGAUUUGGUGGAGGGUCUGAUGCGCCUUAUGGAAGGAGAACACGUGGGACCUUUCAAUCUUGGGAAUCCGGGCGAAUUCACCAUGCUUGAACUUGCUCGUGUGGUCCAGGAAACAAUUGACCCGGACGCAAAGAUUGAACACAGGCCUAACACAGAAGAUGACCCGCACAAGAGGAAGCCUGAUAUCACAAAGGCUAAAGAGCUACUUGGUUGGCAACCAAAGGUGGAACUUCGUAAGGGCCUUCCUUUAAUGGUCUCCGACUUCCGGAAACGCAUCUUUGGCGACCACAAGGAAGAGGUUACCUCAAACACCAUGUAAUUGUAACUCAGCAUAUAUACUUGAAGAGUACAAAGGGAAAAUAUAAUUGUCUAUGGAAAGCAAUGUCACUUUUUCCUUCGACACUACAGUAGCAGCACCGGCGAGAGAGCCGUAGCAGCAUAAUGAACUCCGUUAUAAAUCUUUGGAAUAGGUUUAGAGGUGUCCCUUUUGGCGCUUGCUUUUCCCUGGAUAUUUGUAAUUUCUGGGUUGCUGCCCCCUUUAAGCUUUAUAGAUUUGUGAUUCCGAAAAGGUACCUUUCCUUUAUUGAUUCCAUUUGUUAAGAGGCCUACAGCAAUAGCUGACCUUCCGCGCA